UCCUUAAAACCCGGAGAAAUGGGAUGCCUCAUUUCCAAAGUCCAGACUGGUUCAGUUUGCAAGUAGCAAAUUUCUGUUUCACAUCAGCUCUGUCAGCUAGGAGUAGGGGUUGACCCUGUCAUCCUUGCUCCCAAACCACCUCCAGCGCCGCUAGGAAAUCCUAGCAUUCUUCGCGUCCCGGGGUGGAGGGCACCUGGGAAGGUAACUACCUUUUCAUAGCUUCACCUCACCUAAAGUUUCUCCAGAUUCCCUAAUUUCGCCCUCUGGGCGGGAGUGGGGAUGAAUUACUGACUCCGUGGAGCAGGUGAAAAGAGAGACACUCCCCACCGUGCAGCCUUUGAGAUUCAUCCUUGCCAGAACGGUGCUGUCAGGAAUAUAGAGGUCUUACAUCUCUCCCUCUUCGACGCAGCUGAGCCUUGGUUGUACCCAGAGCUACACUCAUUUCCUACUGCUGAAAGCAGCGCCUACCCACAGCAUGGCUACAAGCCGAAGUAGCGAAGAAGGCUGGCUUCCCGGCCCUCUGUCCACCCAGCAGACCACCCUCCUGCUCCUCUUUUCCGUGUUGGCCGCCGUCCGCUUGGGCCAAUGGUUCCUACGGCGUUGCCGUCGGCCCCCUUUGGUCAGCUGCAGCCCCCCUGGCCCAUUCCAGUGGCCCCUGAUCGGGAACGCUGUGGAGGUGGGUAGCAUUCCGCAUCUCUCUUUCACUCGUUUGGCCCGCCGCUAUGGCGAUGUCUUCCAAAUCCGCUUGGGCAACUGCCCAGUGGUGGUGCUGAACGGCGAGCGCGCCAUCCGCCAGGCCUUGGUACAGCAGGGUACCGCCUUCGCCAGUCGCCCGCCGUUCCCCUCUUUCCAAGUGGUGUCCAACGGCCGUAGCCUGGCUUUCAGCAAAUACUCGGAGAUCUGGAAGGUGCAGAGGCGGGUGGCCCACGGCACCGUGCGCGCCUUCUCCACGGGACAAGUCCGCAGCCGCCAGGUCUUGGAGCAGCAUGUGCUGAGUGAGGCGCGGGAGCUGGUGAUGCUGUUCGUGCAGGGCAGCGCUGGGGGCGCCUUUCUGAACCCAGUCCCCCUCACCGUGGUGGCCGUGGCCAACGUGAUGAGCGCCGUGUGCUUCGGCUGCCGCUACAGCCACAGUGACCAGGAGUUCCGCGAGCUGCUGAGCCACAACGAGCGCUUCGGCCGCACGGUGGGGGCGGGCAGCCUCGUGGACGUGCUGCCCUGGCUCCAGCGCUUCCCUAACCCUGUGCGCACUGCCUACCGCGACUUCCAGAAACUCAACCACGACUUCUACAGCUUCGUGCUGGACAAGUUCCUGAAGCACAGGAGCAGCCUGAAGCCCGGGGCCCCGCCCCGCGACAUGAUGGACGCCUUCAUCCGCACCGUGGGGGACGAAGAGGAGAGUUCCGGAGAAGCAAAGCCUGGGUUGCGCCUAGACACAGACUACGUGCCGGCCACAGUCACAGAUAUUUUUGGGGCCAGCCAGGACACGCUUUCCACUGCACUGCAGUGGCUUCUCAUCUUAUUCAUAAGGUAUCCUAAAGUGCAGGCUCAGGUACAAGAAGAAUUGGAUAGAGUUGUGGGCCGAGAUCGAUUGCCCUCUUUGGAUGAUCAGCCUCAUCUUCCCUAUGUCAUGGCUUUUCUGUAUGAAGCCAUGCGCUUCAGUAGCUUUGUGCCUGUUACCAUCCCACAUGCCACCACCAUUGACACUUCAGUCCUGGGCUACCACAUUCCCAAAGAUACAGUGGUAUUUAUCAACCAAUGGUCAGUUAAUCACGACCCAGUGAAAUGGCAGAACCCAGAAGACUUCAAUCCAGGCCGAUUCCUGGACAACAAUGGAUUCAUUGACAAAGACACGGCGAGUGGGGUCAUGAUUUUCUCUGUGGGCAAACGCAGGUGCAUUGGGGAAGAGCUGUCCAAAAUACAGCUAUUCCUCUUUAUUGCCGUUCUGGCCCACCAGUGCAAUUUCCUUGCCAAUCCAGAUGAGGACCCGGAAAUGAAUUUUAGUUAUGGGUUAACCAUUAAACCGCGAUCAUUCACAAUUAAUGUCACCCUGAGAGAAUCUAUGGAACUACUUGAUAAUGCUGUUCAAAGGCUACAAGCCAAAGACAACCAAUGAGGAACUAGCGGAAGUGUAAUGAACUCAAAGUUGGAAAAACAAAUGAGUCUAACAGUCUCUGUUAGUCUCUUUCUGCCACCAACACAUGCUCCUGUGAGCCUUUCAGAUGAGCACCCACCAAUAAGUAUUUCUUAAGUGCCUGAUGGGUGGUCCACCCUAUAAGUGGAUCCUGGUGAGACGAUGCAUUUGACAUAGCUAAUGAAACUACAAAAAUAACUUGCAAGAUUUCAUGAUAAUAGAAUAAAAGGAGAUGAGAAGCUUUUAGAAAGAUACCAUAGCUUCACUAUAACACUGUCUUUGGGGACUGCUUGUUGAAACUUUUUAUAGGUUUAAGAAAACCCAAAAACCUAAACCUCCUUUUGGUAUCUCAGUAAUGGCACAAACCUUGGGUAAGUUCCAAAAAGGCAACUUCUUUUUGUGGAAUUCUGUUGUGGAGCAGACAGCAAUGCAACAGAGUCCCGGGGUAUAUUAUUGUACACUCCAAACCAAGUAGAGUAGUUUGAAGGAGAGAAUGAGGCUGAAAAAAACUUGUGAAGACUCUGCUGGCUUACUCUUCCUCUUCUAAAUCUUGCAACAGAGUCAUUAAAAAUUUCUGUUCAGAAAGGCCCAAGUACUCAAAGAUUAUGUUUUAUCUUUAGUCAAAUGUAGCACUCAACAUUGAUUGAGAAAUGAUAUAAUGUAUGAUGUAAAAUCGCUCAUGCAAAAAAGUAAAUGGGGGAAAAUUCAGCUUAUAGCAAAUUUUAGCGUUUUAUAAUGAAUUUUGAAAUGCAACCUGUAAUAUUCCAAGCUAGAUACUUGCCUUCUGGUUUCCAAAAUUCGGUAUAUUUACAAAUUUGGUAAAAUUAUGAAUUUGUUUGUAGGUGUGACUAAAAUUCAAAUGGAUAGCAGACUAUACCCAGUCUAGUGAAGGAUAAAUGAAGUUAGUUCAUCACAAACUACACAAAACAUUCAAUAUGCAUAACUAUUCAUUAUAAAUAAAAAUGGUAUUAGUGAAAAGGAGUUAUUUAGAUAAGGGAAAAACCAAAUUAAAGCUAUCUCCUAAUGUAGCACACGCACACACAUGCAAAUGGAGUGACUACCUGGUUGUUUGCUAAGAUACCAAAUAGCCAAUUUAAAUGAGCUGCAUUGUUGAAGGUACUACAACUGAAGGAUGAUGAUUCUCAUCUAAAACCCUUUUUAGUUUCAAGUUGUAUUCAUUGUUCCCCCAGUCUUUAAUUAUAAUAAUUUCGUAUGUUCUUUUCCCAAACCGAGUUGAUUAAAGUUAUUUUGUGACUAAAUAUCUUUCAACAUUUUAAUAUGACCCUGAAAUCUUUUUUUCAGGAUCUAAAUUUUCAACUGAGGUUAAUGAAAAUUUUGAGUCUUUGGUUUAAGAAGGAUGGGGAAAGUUAGGCUCUUUUAACAUGAUGCCAAACAUCUGGAUAAAUGAUGAAAGUAGUCAGUUUCCUGGAUGUCCUUUGGUAUCCUAUAGAUAAAACACUUGGAACUUUGACCCAGAUGUUUUAUUGUCCCUUAUAGACAUCCACAUGGAUAUUUCCUGUAUUUAUCUCCUUUCAUAUUUCAAAUUAUAUUUGAAUAACAAUUAUAACACGAAGCACCUUCAAUGGCAACAUUCACAUACUGAAAUACAUGAAACUGGAAAACGGGCGAUCCAAAUUCAAGGAAACUUUGGUUUCCAACUGGUGUCAUGAUAUAAAUGAUAAAUAAUUUUUUAAGAUAGCCAAUUCAAGGUAUGGUUUUUGUAAAGAGGAAAUAUUUAUAUGUAUAGUUAGCUUAAUAAAAUAUUAAUUUAUUGACUAACCUUAAAAUUGAAAAACUGAUAAGCAAAAUUAUGAUUUCAUAGUUACUUCCAAAAUUAUAAAACAAUUGCCUAACAAUUCACUGCUUAUUUAAAACAAAACUAAAAAAGAAAUCAUAUGCACUUCUUUGGAAGUCACUGUUGAUAGAAUUACAGACUGUUUUAUGUGUGUUUGAGAGAGGGAAUUGGAAGAAAGAUGAAUAACUCAAAUAUUUUUCCCUUGUAUGCUAAAUUACUUUGCUUGACGCACAUAAAUUCAGAAAAAGAAUGCCCAGAGUGCCAGUUGCAAGUCAGAAUUUAUGACCUUCACAAGGACAGUAAGUUUUGGAAAUUUAAUAAUGAAAACUAGCAGUCGUACUUAUUUCAUACAAUUUUUCUUUUAAAAGGUUGUUCAAAAGCCACUGGUGAGACCAAAUAUAUAUGUGUUCCUUCCUUUACCAUCACAGAGUAAUCUAACCAUACCCAAGUAGGACCAGAGAAUUUGUUCUGUUGCCAAAUUGGACUUUCCAGAAGUGCUUUGGCAGAAUUCGGCAUAUAGAAAUACAGUUAAGUCAUUGAGACAGCUUGAUUGAAAUGUUUGACUAUGCCGUAAUUCACUUCUCUGUAUAUACGUCCCAAUGUUACCUGAUAAUAAAGCCAUGUUUAGUUAACGUAAGUAAAA